CUCUAUUUGUAUAAAUUUUCGAGCUUUUUGUAUGGGAGCAUUGGCCGUUAGCUUUUGUAAAAGAGUGUUUUCUAGCUUGAAAAGAUCUUUAUUCUUCAGUCAGCUACUCUAUCCACUACCUACAUAUAUAGAAAUGGCUGACCUGUCACGAUCCGUUCCUAGCAAAGGAGGCUCUCUUUCUCCUCAUACACAGAGCCAGAGAGAAGUUAAACUUCAAAACUGGUGUCCUGUUCUUGGUGAAAAUAAGUUGAUACUGAGUGGAACUCUUCAAGGCUACGACAAAGAAUGGGGAACUUCCAGAGUGCUAUCUAGGAAAAGUGAAAGAGAGAUUGUUACCAAGAGCAAAAUAUAUAUCCUAGAUGGACCUAUGAAGUUACCAGAGGAUAAAGAACUGCGGAGCAAAAUUCCUCUGUUUAUACAACAUAAGUUCCAUGACGGAUUUCCUGAGAACUGGGAGCUUCUUGUUCAACACUGGAGAAGAUUCAUCAGAACUCAACUAGCGAUAAAAGAGACGUGGAAGACAUUUGAAAGUAAUUUGGAGAAUUGUAAUACCACAAACGACAACUCCCUGUCCCCUGUGUCUCAAUAUGUAAGGAGUGUUCCCCCGACCAUGCCCCUUCAGCCCAACAAAGGUAUGAGCUUGUGCAAUCAAAGCCAGGAUGUUAGCUGUUUCUUUGUAGGUAAGCAUCCUAGGAGUCCAAAAAUAUUAAUUUCAGUUGUAGCGAGUGUUUAAUGUUGAAUA